UGCGUCAACUGCUGAACACCGCCCCUUUCCUUCAUCUCAACGCCUCCAACUAAGAUUAAUGUCUAUUUCCCAUCUGCUGAUUCGUUAAUAAGCUCCCCUUUCUUUUUCUUUUCCUAAUCCAAUAUCUUUCUCGGAGCUACAGCUGCCCCCGUAGCGGCGUGAAUCUUUCCUUUGCCAGACUCCCCACGAGUGACAACGAUUAGUAGCGACAUAGGAAGGCCGCGGUCGAAAGUGCCGACGCCAUCCCUAGUCUUAACCCCAAUCCGGUGGGAAGGAUCAAGAUGGCGUGUCUGCUGGAGACCCCAAUCCGCAUGAGCGUCCUUUCGGAAGUGACAGCUAGCAGUCGCCACUAUGUUGACAGGUUAUUUGACCCUGAUCCUCAGAAAGUUCUACAAGGUGUUAUAGACAUGAAAAAUGCUGUAAUCGGAAACAACAAACAGAAAGCCAACCUUAUUGUUCUAGGAGCAGUUCCAAGGCUCUUAUAUCUGCUUCAGCAAGAAACUUCAAGCACAGAGUUAAAAACUGAAUGUGCAGUCGUGUUGGGAAGUCUUGCUAUGGGUACUGAAAACAAUGUCAAGUCUCUUCUGGACUGUCAUAUUAUUCCUGCCUUGCUGCAAGGAUUGCUAUCACAAGAUUUGAAAUUCAUUGAAGCUUGCCUUAGAUGCCUUCGUACCAUUUUUACUAGUCCGGUCACCCCAGAGGAGCUACUUUACACAGAUGCUACAGUUAUUCCCCACCUCAUGGCACUGCUUGGUAGAUCUCGUUAUACACAAGAGUACAUUUGUCAGAUCUUCUCUCAUUGCUGCAAAGCACCAGAUCAUCAAACAAUUUUAUUUAAUCAUGGAGCCGUACAGAAUAUUGCUCAUCUGCUAACUUCAGUGUCAUACAAAGUUCGAAUGCAAGCACUGAAAUGCUUCUCUGUUCUAGCCUUUGAAAACCCCCAGGUAUCCAUGACUCUUGUAAAUGUUUUGGUUGAUGGAGAAUUAUUACCCCAGAUUUUUGUGAAGAUGUUACAGAGGGAUAAGCCUAUUGAAAUGCAGCUCACAUCAGCAAAAUGCUUAACAUACAUGUGCAGAGCUGGAGCAAUUCGGACAGAUGACAGUUGUAUUGUAUUAAAGACUUUGCCUUGUUUGGUUCGAAUGUGCAGUAAGGAGAGAUUGCUAGAGGAGCGAGUUGAAGGAGCUGAAACACUUGCCUAUCUGAUUGAACCAGAUGUUGAACUACAAAGAAUUGCCAGCAUAACAGAUCACCUAAUUGCCAUGCUUGCUGAUUACUUCAAGUAUCCCAGUUCAGUCAGUGCAAUUACUGAUAUUAAAAGGCUUGACCAUGAUUUAAAGCAUGCUCAUGAACUUCGCCAGGCUGCUUUCAAGCUUUAUGCCUCCCUUGGAGCUAAUGAUGAAGACAUCCGGAAGAAGAUCAUUGAGACUGAAAAUAUGAUGGACCGAAUUGUGAAUGGCUUGUCUGAGUCUAGUAUCAAGGUGCGGUUAGCUGCAGUCAGAUGUUUGCACAGUUUAUCCAGGUCUGUGCAGCAGCUUCGAACCAGUUUUCAGGAUCAUGCAGUAUGGAAACCUUUAAUGAAGGUUUUACAAAAUGCACCAGAUGAAAUUUUAGUGGUAGCAUCUUCCAUGCUGUGUAAUCUAUUGCUUGAAUUCUCUCCAAGUAAAGAGCCUAUUUUAGAAUCAGGAGCCAUAGAAUUACUUUGUGGUUUAACCCAAAGUGAAAAUCCUGCUUUACGAGUGAAUGGGAUUUGGGCUUUAAUGAAUAUGGCAUUUCAGGCAGAACAAAAAAUAAAAGCAGAUAUUUUACGAAGUUUAAGUACCGAGCAGUUAUUCCAGUUGUUGUCAGAUUCAGACUUGAAUGUGUUAAUGAAGACUUUGGGACUUCUCAGAAAUCUCCUUUCCACUCGCCCACACAUAGACAAGAUAAUGAGUACUCAUGGAAAGCAAAUUAUGCAAGCUGUCACUCUUAUUCUGGAAGGGGAGCAUAAUAUAGAAGUCAAAGAGCAGACAUUAUGUAUAUUGGCCAACAUAGCAGAUGGAACAACAGCAAAAGAACUCAUUAUGACCAAUGAUGACAUUUUGCAGAAAAUUAAAUAUUAUAUGGGUCAUUCCCAUGUUAAACUACAGCUUGCUGCCAUGUUUUGUAUAUCAAACCUCAUAUGGAAUGAAGAAGAAGGUUCACAAGAACGGCAAGAUAAAUUGCGAGAUAUUGGCAUUGUAGAUAUUCUACACAAGCUCAGCCAGUCACCAGAUACAAACCUAUGUGAUAAGGCAAAGACAGCACUGCAGCAGUAUCUUGCGUGAUGGGAGACCCAGCAAGUCUUCAAAUGUCCCUUUCCAUUGUUUAAGGAGUAACAGGAAAUAGCCUCGUUGGGUUCCUUAUAUUUGCACAAGUCACCUUGGACUGAGUUUCUCUCAUGUGCAGGGAGCUGUUUUGCAAAAGCAAUUUAGUAGAAUAGAUCUCAGAUACAUCUUGAGAACCUUCUUCAAGGUAGUAACUUACUCAGAGGACUAUUGUGUUUAUUUUUUCCUGAGCUACUUGGACUCUAUUAGAACAAUCAAUCGUCAUUUUCCUUUGGACCUACAAUUUUUUGCCUAUGCUGCAGCCACUUUGUGUGUGAGUGUGGGUGUGGGUGUGGGUAUGUGUGUAGGUAUGUGCGUGUGGGUGUGUGUGUGGAUGUGUGUAUGUAUGAGGGAAUACCUCAGAAUUUUGUUUUCUUAUUUUACGUGUGAAAAUCUCUUUUCUACAGAUUUUCCAGGGUUUAAGCAUUGCUUGCUGUAAGAAAACUUUACUGAAUUAUAUACAGUUUGAAUGAUAUGUUAUUUUAAAAACAAAAAUUUGUUAAGUGUUCCAUAAAGGUUAUGUUGAAUUUUGGUCAGAUGAAUAUUUGUAAGUAAAAAUAUAUGCAUUUCUGAACCUCAAA